AUGGUACGCUCUGAGAUUGUUGCAGUGAAGAAAAGGCUUCUACUUUUAGCUGACGAGCGAGUUAGGGAAGAAUCUGGUCCUUCCCUUCUAUCGCAUCCCAAUGGUGGUGAUUGUCGUGUUCCGGUUGUAGAGGAAGGAGGACCAUCAAGUCCUGCGAGGCCGGAGUCUUCAUUUAUAAACAGCGAUUGGUUGACUGACUGCAGGCAACCAAUCGAAACAGAUGUUGGUUUUCAGUGGACUAACACAGAUGGGUGUGCAGCUGUUUCGGUAGAGGAAGAUUCUGUAUUUAUUGGUCGUGUCUUCAAAGACAAAGCAGACAUGCAGAACACGUUAGCGCAAAGCAGUUCAAAUACCUUUUCUUUGCUCUGGGUGCAAGCAUUGCAGGAUGCUAAUUUUCAAGUGUUUCAUAUAGCAUUUGGGAUAGUUGACUCAGAAAAUAUAGGUGCUUGGACUUGGUUUUUCAGGCAAUUGAGUCUUAUAGUUCCUGAUAAGGAAGAUUUGGUUAUAGUGUUUGACAGACACAGAUCCAUUUAUGCUGCAAUUGAUGAAGUUUACCCUCUUGCUUUCCAUGGAGCAUGUGCAGUGCACAUAGAGCGAAAUAUCAGGCAUUUCUCGGGCAAAGACUUUCUAACUUGGUUGGUAAAGAUGCACGAGCUUUCAAUGUGGGUGAUUUUACAAAGUGGUAUGCAGAAGUCGGGAUCAGAAGCAUACUUGGAUGCGAUUCUACUAGAGCAUUGGACGCAAGCAUAUUGCAAGGCUAAACGGUACAAUAUUAUGAGUAGCAACGUCGUUGAAGCUCUAAAUGCUGCUGAUAGACAGCACAAAAAUUCUGCUGGUUUGGCUGUUAAAGGAGUCUCUGCUUGGAGUUACCAAGUGAGUACAAGUGAGGGAAACGCAUACUACGUUGACCUUGGGCAGAAGAGCUGUUCGUGUUUGCAGUUUCAGAAGUUACUCAUUCCCUGCUGCCAUGCUUUAACUGCUGCUAGGACUAAUGGUAUCUAUAUCCCAUCACUUGUGGGAAAUAUUUACAAUGUCGAUGUUUUUGGUAGAUCAUAUGCAGAGUUUAUAUUUCCGCUCCCAAACAAGUGUGACAUCGUAGUACCACCAGCUGUUGAAGAAACACAGUUCGCGCCGCCUACAAAUCCGCCAGGACCAGGUUGGAGAAGGAAAAGGAGGAUACCUUCUACUGGAGAACAUGUGGGUACUAAAAGGCGGAAGGGUGUACCGCAUAAGUGUACAAUUUGCCAUAUAGCAGGGCAUCACAGGGCCACCUGCAGCACUGUGGUGGAGUAA